UCCCCAAGCCGAUUGGUACUUCUUGUCAGGAAGAAACGCCGAGAGGUGGGAGUGCCUGGGGAGGGAGGCAAGGCGGUCCCUACCGCAGGCGCGGGGAGCUGCCUUUCCGCCCCUCUGCCUGCUUUCCAAGCCUGGGCUCUUAGGAGUGGCUGAAGCUGCCGAGCGCUUCAGGAGUCUGUGAAUGAACCCUCCUCCUCUUCCUCCUCCUCCUCCUCGCUGAGUCUCCUCCUCGGUGCUGACGGUACAGUGAUAUAAUGAUGAUGGGUGUCACAACCCGCAUUUGAACUUGCAGGCGAGCUGCCCCGAGCCUUUCUGGGGAAGAACUCCAGGCGGGCGGGAGCAACAGCCGCGAACACUAGGUGCUGUGGACAGGCGCUGGGACCGGGAUCUGCGGCCAGCUCCGCAUCCUCCUGCAUCCUUCAGCACCGUCCCGCACCCUCCGCACCCUUCCCCAGGCCACCGAGCUUCCUAUGUGACCCGCCCCGGCAACACCGAGCCCAUUCGCGCAGCUCUGCGGUGAUUUUUUCCCCCCAAACUGCAAUAAGCCGCCUUUCAAGUGACUCUUCCUGUGAGAAUGCACCCAGGAGCAAUAUGGACAAGAUGUUAAUAAAUAUAAAGAGCAUCUUAUGGCUGUGCUCUAUCUUAAUAGCAACCCAUGCACUACAUAAAGUCAAAGUGGAAGAAAGCCCACCUCUUAAGGGUUCCCUCUCUGGAAAAGUCAACCUACCUUGUCAUUUUUCAACCAUGCCUACCUUACCACCCAGUUACAACGCCUCCAGUGAAUUUCUCAGAAUCAAAUGGUCUAAGAUUGAAUUGGACAAGAAUGGAAAAGAUCUGAAGGAGACUACCGUUCUUGUAGCCCAAAAUGGGAAUAUCAAGAUUGGUCAAGGCUAUAAAGGAAGAGUGUCUGUGCCUACACAUUCUGAGGUUGUGGGUGAUGCCUCACUCACCAUGGUCAAACUGCGCGCCAGUGACGCUGGACUCUACCGCUGCGAUGUCAUGUACGGGAUUGAAGACACACAAGACACGGUGUCAUUGGUGGUGGAUGGGGUUGUGUUUCACUACAGAGCGGCAACCAGCAGGUAUACUCUGAAUUUUGAGGCUGCACAGAAGGCUUGUUUGGAUAUUGGAGCAGUCAUAGCAACCCCAGAGCAGCUGUAUGCCGCCUAUGAAGAUGGAUUUGAGCAGUGUGACGCAGGCUGGCUGUCUGAUCAGACCGUCAGGUAUCCCAUCCGGAAUCCCCGAGUAGGCUGUUAUGGAGACAUGAUGGGGAAGGAAGGAGUCAGGACCUACGGAUUCCGUUCGCCUCAUGAAACUUACGACGUGUAUUGCUACGUGGACCACCUGGAUGGUGAUGUGUUCCAUAUCACUGCUCCUGAUAAAUUUACCUUUGAGGAGGCUGAAGAAGAGUGUGAAAACCAGGAUGCCCGGCUGGCGACAGUGGGGGAGCUCCAAGCAGCUUGGAGGAAUGGCUUUGACCAGUGCGAUUAUGGGUGGCUAUCUGACGCCAGCGUUCGCCACCCUGUGACUGUGGCCAGGGCCCAGUGUGGAGGUGGUUUACUUGGGGUGAGAACCCUGUAUCGUUUUGAGAACCAGACAGGCUUCCCUCCCCCUGAUAGCAGAUUUGAUGCCUACUGCUUUAAACCUAAACAGAAUAUAUCAGAGGCUACAACCAUCGAACUGAAUAUCCUUGCAGAAACUGCAUCAUCCAGUCUUUCUGAAGAACUACAAAUGGUAACCGACAGAACACCAGUCAUCCCUCUAAUCACCGAAUUGCCUAUCAUUACAACAAAGUCCCCUCCUGUGGGAAAUAUAGUCAAUUUUGAGCAGAAAACCACAGUUCAGGCUCAAGCUAUCACACACAGAUUAGCCACCGAAUCAUCCACACCUGCUGGGAGUACCAUGAAGCCUUGGGAUAUGGACUACUACUCACCUUCUGCUUUAGAACCACUUGGAAAGCCAGACAUACCUGAAAUUCAGAAAGAAGUACCCCAGAGUACAACUGUCUUCUCCCAUCAUGCUACCGAUUCAUGGGAUGGUGUCAGGGAAGACAAACGAAUCCAAGAAUCGGUUACACAAAUUGAACAAAUAGAAGUGGGUCCCUUGGUAACAUCUAUGGAAAUCUCAAGGCACAUUCCUUCAAAGGAAUUGUCCACAACUGAAACACCGUUUGUGUCUACAACAAUGACCCUGGAAUCCAAAACUGAAAAGAAAACAGUAAGCACUAUAUCUGAAUCUCUGACUACAAGCCACUAUGGAUUUACCUUGGGAGAAGAUGACAGUGAAGACAGAACAUUUACAGUUAGAUCUGCUCAGAGCACCUUGGUCUUUAGCAAAAUACCUGAAGUUGUUACAGUGUCAAAGACUUCAGAAGAUGCCGCUGCCACUCCACUAGAGGACAGGGAGCCAAUCUCAGCAUCAACAAUUCUUUCACCUGUAACUAUGCCUGACAGUGAUGGAUCAUCCACAGACAACUGGGAAGAGGAACAAACUAAUGGAAGGAUAACUGAAGAUUUUUUUGGCCAAUAUGUGUCCACCACACCUUUCCCAUCAUGGCAUCAUACGGAAGUAGAAUUGUUUCCUUAUUCUGGUGAUAAAAGAUUAGUUGAGGAAAUACCCACAGUUAUUUAUCCCUCUCCACAAACAGAAAUGGCACAAGGGAGAGAAAGAACAGAAACACUCAGUCCAGAGAUCAGAACAGAUACUUAUACUGAUGAUGAGAUACAGGAAAAGAUCACCAAAGAUCCAUUUAUAGGAAAAAUAGAGGAGGAAGUCUUCUCUGGAAUGAAGUUCUCUACAUCUUCGUCAGAGGAAAUUCAUCUUACAGAGUCUGCAGUGGAAAUGACCAAAUCUUUUGAUUCCCCAGCGAUGACAACAACAAAGCUCAGUGUAGUGCCAACAGAGGCAAGAGAUGUGGAGGAAGACUCUACAAAAACACCGGUUGAAUUAGAAACAGAUGGCUAUGAAGAUACUACAGAGGAUGGUGAGGGUAUCACAACAGUGCAUUUGAGCCACAGCACUUUAAAUGUGGAGGUGGUCACUGUAUCAAAAUGGGCAUGGGAUGAAGAUAAUACAACAGUGAAGCCGUUAGAGUCCACAGAAGAUGCAGGCCCUCCAAAAUUGCCCCCUGCCUUACUUACCACUACAGAAGUGAGUGGGAAGGAUAAAGAAAUCCCAAGUCACACUGAAGAUGAAGGAGAUGAAUUUACUCUUAUCCCAGGUAGUACUCAAAAGCCAUUAGAAGAGUUUACCGAGGAAGACACAACAGACCAUGGGAAAUUCACAGUUGGAUUUCAGCCAACUACGUCGAUUGGCAUUGCAGAAAAGCCGACUUUGAGAGAUUCUACAACUGAGGAGAGAGUUCCACCUAUCACAAGCGUGGAAGACCAAGUUGUUCAUGCAACCACAGAAGGAAGUGCUUUGGAUGAAGAAGAAAUGGAUGUCUCUAAGCCGGUAUCUACUGUCCGCCAAUUUGUAGACGCUUCAGACGUGGAAGGAUUGGUGUUUGGUAAUUAUAGUAGCACCGAAGAACCUACUGCUGACGUGGACAGCCCCCCUACUGUUCCUCUUUCUGUAAUUCCCAGGACAGGAUGGGGAGUGUUGGUACCUUCUGUUCCACCGGAAGGCGAAGUUCUAGGUGAACCCUCUCAAGACAUACAUGUCAUUGAUCAGACUCACCUCCAAGCAGCAGUUUCCCCUGAAACUGUAAGAACAACAACAGAAAUUACGCAGGGAACAGGUCAGGAAGAAUUCCCUUGGAAAGAACCGACCACAGAGAAACCAGUUCCUACUCUCAGUUCUACAGCUGCCACAGCCGAGGAGGCAGCAACACUUGUGCGUGAACAAGAGCGUGACGGGUCACCAUAUACAGUCUCUAAAGACAGGUUGGUGACAGCUUCAGAGAGAGUCCCAGUUGUUGAAACAACUCCAGUUGGAAAAAUUGAGCAUGGUUUGUCUUAUCCAGCUGGUGCUGUCACGGAGCACAAAGCAGAAACAGAUGAAGUGGUAACAUCAAGCACAGGGCCAAUGGUGUCUUUGAGUCCAGAGCCUGAAGAGAAAGAUGAGACAGAAAGUGCUAGUCCGGGGGAAUUUGUGUCUCCUUUCAGCACCCAUGUUCCCCAGCUUACAGAGGAAACCACUACUGAGAAAAGAGAGAAAACAUCCCUAGAUUAUUUUGAUGUAGGCUCAGGCUUAUUCGAAAAGCCCACAGCCACAGAACUCCCACAGUUGUCAACAAUUAAAGCCACUGUUCCAAGUGAUAUCACUGCUGCCUUCAGUUCAGUAGAAAGACUCCAUACAACCUCAGCAUCCAAGCCAUCCUCAGCAGCUACUGAGAAACCGCCUCUCAUUGACAGGGAGCCUGGAGAAGAAUCAACCAGUGACAUGGUCAUCAUCGGAGAGUCAACAUCUCGUGUUCCUCCCACUACCCUGGAGGAUGUUGUAGGGAAGGAAAUGGAAACUGAUAUUGACAGAGAGUAUUUCACAACUUCAAGUCCUCCCUCCACUACUCAGCCUGCAAGACCACCCACUGUGGAAGGCAAAGAGGCCAUCAGACCUCAGGCAAUUUCCACUCCAGAACCCCCAGCAGGGACAAAAUUCCACCCUGACAUUAAUGUUUUUAUUAUUGAGGUCAGAGAAAACAAGACAGGUCGAAUGAGUGAUUUGAGUGUAAGUGGUCAUCCAAUAGAUUCAGAAUCUAAAGAAGAUGAACCUUGUAGUGAAGAAACAGAUCCAGAGCACGAUCUAAUUGCUGAAAUUUUACCCGAGUUAAUUGAAAUAAAUCUGUACCACAGUGAAGAAGAUGAAGGGGAAGACGAAGAGUGUGCAAACGCCACUGACGUGACGACCACCCCAUCAGUGCAGUACAUUAAUGGGAAACAGCUGGUCACCACGGUGCCCAAGGACCCAGAAGCAGCAGAAGCUAGGCGUGGCCAGUUCGAGAGUGUUGCACCUUCUCAAAAUUUUUCAGACAGCAGUGAAAGUGAAACGCAUCCAUUUGUGAUAGCCGAGACCAGAUUGUCUACCGCCGUGCAGCCUAAUGAAUUGAAAGAAACAACUGAGUCGCUCGAACUUACGUGGAAGCCCGAGACUUACCCUGAAACACCCGAACACUUUUCAAGUGGUGAGCCUGAUGUUUUCCCUACAGUCCCGUUCCACGAGGGAGAAGCCACCGAGGGGCCAGAAUCGGUCACAGCGCGAGGGCCUGAACUUGAUAAUCUGGUCCAUGAACAUACUGAACCUGUACCUCUGUUUCCUGAAGAGUCUUCAGGAGAUGCUGCCAUUGACCAAGAAUCUCAAAAAACGAUCUUUUCAAGGGCUACUGAAGGAACAUUUGGUGAAGAGGAGGGGAAAAGUCCUUCUAUCACAUCUACUCCAAGUAUAGUUCCAAGUUCUGUGUCGGCAGAUGUUUCAGAGGAAGUACCGUUUGCCUUCACAGGAAACGCCCUCCCUGAUGGCCCAUUGUCCACUGUAGAAAGCUGGGUAGAAAUAACCCCCAGAGAAAGUGUAGAGCUCUCAGGGAGUCCUUCAGUUCCAUUUCCAGAAGGCUCUGGAGAAGCAGAAGAUAAAAAUAAAAUGUUCAGUGUGACAACUGAUUUAUCACAGAGAAAUACUACGGAUACACUGGUUACUUUAGACACCAGCAAGAUGGGGAUCACGGAAGGUCUUUUUGAUAUUCCUGCAACCACCUUUUAUUCCGUUUCUCAACAACCUUCUGCAGAGGUAGUGCCAACCAGAUUUGGAGGGGAAACAGCCACUUCUGAGUGGGUCUUCAGUACAUCUUUUGAGGAAGAGAAAAGGAAAGAUGAGGACGAGGGAACCCCAGGUACAGCGUCUACAGUUCAGGAAUAUUCAUCUACACAGAGAUCAGAUCAGUUGAUUGUCCCCUCUGAAUUAGCAAGCCCAAGUGAAGCUCCAUCUAGCCAUUCGGCAUCUGCUACGAGGAGCAGUGUUACAUCCUCCACAAAAACCACAGAGUCUGAAAAGGAAAUGACAAGUUCUACUCUUGUCUUUACAGAAACAAAUGUUUUAGACAGGCUGGGGGCACAGACUGCUAAGCCCAGCAGUAGCAGUCAACCUGGGGUUCAGGAGGGGCUGUCCACUGUUCCAGGUAGCCCUGCCUCUCUCUCCGUGGAGCCAGGCUCUGGAGAAGCUGCUGCUGACCCAGAAACAGCCACUGUUUCUUCAUUUUCAUUAAAUUUAGAGUCUGAAAUUCCAACCAAAAAGGAAGCAGCUGGCACUUUGUCUCCCCAUGUGGAAACUAUAUUCCCUUUUGAGCCAACAGGAUUAGUUUUGAGUACUGUAAUGGACAGGGAGGUUGCUGAAAGUAUAAGCCAAACAUCCAAAGAAAGCUUGAUUUCGGAGGUCUCAGGAGAACAUAAUCAUGGGCCAGGAAUAAAGGGCUUUUCUACAGAUUUUCCUUUGGAAGAAGAUUUCAGUGGUGACUUUAGAGAGUACUCAACAGUAACUUAUCCCGUAGCCAAAGAAGAAACAGUAAUGAUGGAAAGCUCUGGAGAUGCAGCAUUUAAGGAUACCCAGAUUUCAUCGUCUGUAAUACCUACUUCAGAUCACAGCAACCACAGAGCUGACUCGGAAGGACCCAGUAGCACCUCGGUCAGCACUUCUGCCUUCCCUUGGGAAGAGUUCACAGCGUCAGCUGAGGGCUCAGGUGAGCAGCUGGUCUCAGUAAGCAGCUCUGUGGACCAGGUGUUUCCCAGCGCUACGGGAAAUGUUUCUGGUACAGAUUCCCCAUUUAUUGAUCAAGGAUUGGGAGAAGAAGGUGCUAUUAAUGAAGCCGAUAAAGGGACCACCAUUUUACCAACAGCAGAAGCUGAAGGUACUGAAGCCACAACAGAAAAGGGGGAAGUGACAGUCAAUGGCACAGUUUCAGUGACCUUUCCUCAGACUAUGGAGCCAGCCAAAUUAUGGUCCAUGCAAGAAGUCAACCCUGUAAGGCAAGGAAUUGAAAGUGAGACAGCAUCAGAGGAAAAGUUUCAAGAACCAAAAUCUUUUGAAUUCCCUCAAAGCUCUGUUGCACCAGAACAAACAAUUUUCGAUUCACAAACAUUUACUGAAACUGGACUCCGAGCCACAGAUUAUUCUAUGCUAACAGUGAAGACAACUGACAGUACUGGUGAGGAAAUGGAGAAGGAAGACAUUUUCUUCGCUGAUGUGUCUACUCCAGAUCCAGAGGCAAAGGGCUUGAAACCCUAUACUGCUCUCCCUGAAGUCGCUGAAAAAUCCCAUUUUUUCUUAGCUACUACCUCAGUGACUGAAUCUGUAUCCGCUGAGAGUGUAGUUACGGAUUCUCCAAUCCAAAAGGAGGAAACUAUAAAACCUCUUCCCAAAGUUGUGAGGCCAACAAUGAAAGAGUCAGAUACCGAUCUUUUAUUCUCUGGACUGGGAUCAGGAGAAGAAGUUUUGGCUACUAUAGCGUCAGUGAAUUUUACUGAAACAGAACAAAUCAUUACCACAUUCCCUCCCCAGGCUUCUCAGAUGGAGAAUUUAGAAACCAGCCUCAUAAGCGAUACAACCGAAGACUAUGAGGAAAUGGAAAAUGUAGCAAAUGAAGUUAGACCACCCAUUUCCAAAACAGACAGCCUCUCUGAAGGUAGUGAGACAGCGUCCAGCACAACCUUACUAGAAAUUUUAAGUGACAGCAGAACCGAAGGACCUUCUGUGGCACUUCUCACUUUCUCCACUGAUACCGAACAUCCUCAAAAUCAGACCCACGGUCGGGCAGAAGAAAUCCAGACUAGUAGACCACAACCAAUGACUGAACAAGUCUCUAACGAGAAUUCAACAGCAGAGACAAAAGAAAGAGCAACCCCUCCCUCUGAUUUUCUGGCUAGAACUUAUGGUCUUGAAAUGGCUACAGGAUUUGUUACAUCAGCACCAAAACCAUCUGACUUGCUUUAUGAACAUUCUGGAGAGGGAUCUGGGGAAUUGGAUAUGGUUGAUUUAGUCCACAUUUCUGGAACCACUCAAGCAACCAGGCAAGGAAGCACUACAUUUGUUUCUGAUAGAUCCCUGGAAAAACAUCCUGAGGUUCCAAGUGCUAAAGCUGUUACUGUUGAUGGCUUCCCAACAGUUUCAAUGUUGCUGCCUCUUCAUUUAGAGCAGAAUGAAAGCUCCUCCGAUCCAACUAGCACACUGUCAAGUACAGUGUCAUAUGAGAGGUCCACAGAAGAUGCUGCAGAUAGUCUCCAAGACCAUCUCAGAGGAUUUGAGGAUUCCACUGUAAAACCUAACAGAAGAAAAACCACUGAAAACAUCAUUAUAGACCUGGACAAAGAUGACAAGGAUUUAAUAUUAACAAUUACAGAGAGUCCCAUCCUUGAAAUUCUACCCGAGCUGACAUCAGAUAAAAACACUAUCAUAGAUAUUGAUCACACUAAACCUAUAUAUGUAGACAUCCUUGGAGUGCAAACGGACAUAGAUCCAGAGGUACUGUCAGGACCACAUGGCAGUAGUGAAGAAAGUGCUCAAGUUCAAGAGAAGUAUGAGGCAGCUGUUAACCUUUCUUUAACCGAAGAAAACUUUGAGGGCUCUGGUGACCCUCUUCUGGCUAACUACACUCAGACAACACGUAAUGAAUCGAUGCUUUCCAAAGACAGAAGCCACUUAGAUCCCAUGGGCUUUACCUUCACAACUGGGCUCCCUGCUCCUAGCAUAGAAACAGAAGUAGAUAUUUUGCUUCCCACAGUGACAUCCCUGCCCCUUCCUGGUACAUCUGCCACAGUUAAUCCAGAGAUUGAAGAACCAAAAAUUAAAGCAAAAGCCCUGGAUGACAUCUUUGAAUCAAGUACUUUGUCUGAUGGUCAAGCUAUUGCAGACCAAAGUGAAGUAAUAUCAACAUUGGGCCAUUUGGAGACACGGGAUGAGUACGAAGAAAAGAAACAUGUAGGUCCUUCUUUUCAGCCAGAAUUCUCAUCAGGAGCCGAGGAGGCAUUGAUCGAUCCUACAUCCUACGUAAGUAUUGGUACUAUGCACCUUAUGGCUCAGAGUUUAACAGAGACACCUAACGUGAUAGAAGGAUCCCAUCCCUCCGAUUACACUGAUACAACAUCAGCAGUCUCAGCUUUCGCAAAGUUGUCCUCUCAGACACCAUCAUCUCCAGUCACUGUCUACUUAGGCAGUGGAGCCUCUGAACAUACGGAGGGACCCCCAGCAAGUGCUCUGCCUGGUACAGAUGCUGGCACAUCUCAGAGCUCUCCAGGAAAACUUGCAGAUGUUGAAGUGACUUUCACAUCGUCGAGUGAAGAGCUCUUUCACAUCACCGAGUCUCCAUCCUUAUCUUCUGGCACUGGGUUAGAACCUUCAGAAGAUGAAAGUCAUCCUGAGUUAUUAGAACACAUGGAAGCUUCUCCCACAGAACUGACUGCCGAAGAAGGAAGUGAGAUUCUCCAAGAUUCCCAAACCCAAACCAAUAUUCCACUUUCAGGAGAAACAAUGAAGAGCAACAUUAAAACCCCUGAGCCUGGAACUGUGGUCACAACUGCAGGUGAAAUUAAGUUAGAAGGUGCUACACUGUGGCCACAUUCCACUUCUGCUUCUGCAAUUUAUGGAGUUGAGGCAGAUGUCGUGCCUCAGCCCAGCCCGCAGACUUCUGAGAGGCCCACCGUUCCUUCCUCUCUCAAAAUAAACCCUGAAACACAAGCAGCUUUGAUCAGAGGGGAGGAUUACACGGUAGCAGCAUCAGAACAGCAAGUAUCGGCGAGAAUUCUUGAUCCCAAUAAUCAGGCAACAGUAAGCAUUGCAGAGUUAAAUACUGAGCUUGCAACACCAUCAUUUUCCCUUCUGGAAACUUCUAAUGAAACCGGUUUCCUGAUUGGCAUUAAUGAAGAGUCAGUGGAAGGCACAGCAGUCUAUUUACCAGGACCUGAUCGUUGCAAAACGAACCCGUGCCUUAAUGGAGGCACCUGUUAUCCUACUGAAACUUCCUACGUAUGUACCUGUGUGCCGGGAUUCAGUGGCGACCAGUGUGAACUUGAUUUUGAUGAAUGUCACUCUAAUCCCUGUCGCAAUGGAGCCACAUGCGUUGACGGUUUUAAUACAUUCAGGUGCCUCUGCCUUCCGAGCUAUGUUGGUGCACUUUGUGAACAAGACACAGAGACGUGUGACUACGGCUGGCACAAAUUCCAAGGGCAGUGCUACAAAUACUUCGCCCAUCGGCGCACGUGGGACGCAGCUGAACGGGAAUGCCGUCUGCAGGGCGCGCAUCUCACAAGCAUCCUGUCUCAUGAAGAACAGAUGUUUGUGAACCGUGUGGGCCAUGAUUAUCAGUGGAUAGGCCUCAAUGACAAGAUGUUUGAACAUGACUUCCGUUGGACUGAUGGCAGCACACUGCAAUAUGAGAACUGGAGGCCCAACCAGCCAGACAGCUUCUUUUCUGCUGGAGAAGAUUGUGUUGUAAUCAUUUGGCAUGAGAAUGGCCAAUGGAAUGAUGUUCCCUGCAAUUAUCAUCUCACCUAUACCUGCAAGAAAGGAACAGUUGCUUGCGGCCAGCCUCCUGUUGUAGAAAAUGCCAAGACCUUUGGAAAGAUGAAACCUCGUUAUGAAAUCAACUCCCUGAUUAGAUAUCACUGCAAAGAUGGUUUCAUUCAACGCCACCUUCCAACUAUCCGUUGCCUAGGAAAUGGAAGAUGGGCUAUGCCUAAAAUUACCUGCAUGAACCCGUCUGCAUACCAAAGGACUUACUCUAAGAAAUACUUUAAAAAUUCCUCAUCAGCAAAGGACACUUCAAUAAAUACGUCAAAACAUGAUCACCGUUGGAGCCGGAGGUGGCAGGAGUCCAGGCGCUGAUCCCUAAAAUGGCGAACAUGUGUUUUCAUCAUUUCAGCCAAAGUCCUAACUUCCUGUGCCUUUCCUAUCACCUUGAGAAGUAUUAUCAGUUGGUUUGGAUUUUUGGACCACCGUCCAGUCAUUUGGGGUUGCUGUGCUCCCAAAACGUUUUAAAUGAAAGUAUUGGCAUUCAAAAAGAAAGCUAACAAAAUGAAAGAAAAUGAGGGCAGAAAGUAACCGUUUCCAGCCUAUCUAAUUUCUUUAGUUUUCUAUUUGCCUCCAGUGCAGACCAUUUUAUAAUGUAUACCAGCCUACUGUACUAUUUAAAAAGCUCCAUUUCAGCACCAAUGGCAAUGUAAAUAAGAUGAUUUAAUGUUGAUUUUAAUCCUGUAUAUAAAAUAAAAAGUCACACAGAGUUUGGGCAUAUUUAAUGAUGAUUAUGGAGCCUCAGAGGUCUUUAAUCAUUGGUUCGGCUGCUUUUUGUAGUUUGUUUAGGCUGGAAAUGGUUUCACUUGCCCUUUGUCAGCAAGACUGAGGACGGCUUUUCCUGGACAACUAACAAACACAAGGUCUUGUAGGUCACGGCGCCAUGUCAGCCAUAAGUGCCGUUUGCUUCCAUGUGACGCUGAGCCUGGCUGACAGGAUCCCCACAGAACUAGGGACUGCACCGUGGAACUCUUCUUUGCUGCAUUCCUUUUUCUUCACUUACAAGAAAGGCCUGAAUGGAGGACUUUUCUAGGACCAGGAGCAUUUUUUAGGGGUCAAAGUGCUAAUUAUUAACUCAACCAGGUCUCCUUUUUAAUGGCUUUCAUAACACUAACUUGCAAGGUUUCAGAUCAACACAUUUCAAAUGGAUAUAGACCUAAGGGUUCUGGAGGGUGGGGGAUGGUUAAAACAACAACACACAUUCAAAGAAAGAAAUUUUGUAUAUAUAACCAUUUUAAUCUUUUAUAAAGUUUUGAAUGUUCAUGUAUGAAUGCUGCAGUUGUGAAGCAUACAUAAAUAAAUGAAGUAAGCCAUACUGA